AUGAGUGGAAAGCAACACUGUCCAUAUGCUGAGGAAGGGAGUAGAGUUAGCAGUGACUAUAUCAAAUUUCAAAGUGGGAUUGGAAAAGCAGAUAUAAAAAUGAAUGACUUUGAAGAAAACGUGAGCAUGCCGAAUCCUGACUUAAUCUGUGGGAUGGCAGAUGAAAUAACCUCGUCAGAGCCACAUUUUAUGCUGCUGCUAUUUUUCAUCAUUUUUGCAGCAGGAAUGUUGAAGGUUGUUCUAAAGAAUUAUGAACCAGCUAUCUUGACAAUUCUUUCUCUUUUCGGAUUUUGCCUAGGAUUUCUGGGCCGCCAAUUUAAUGAGGUGCAACAACUUCUCUACCCUCUUCUAAAAACAAAUAAUUAUGUAUUUAUAAAUAUUUUCUUACCAUUAAUGACCUUUAUGGCUGCUUUGGAAAUGGAUUUUUAUAUACUCAAGAACAUGUUUUGGCAGAUCUUAAUAACUGGAUUGGCUAGCUUUGCUACAGCACUCGUUUUUAUUGGAUAUAUCGUUGUGAAAUUAAAUAAACAUUCAUGGAAUAUUCAAACUUGCUUACUCCUUAGUAUUACUAUAGGCAUCACAGAUCCUCUUCAGUCCGUGCAUCCCUUGAAAGGUUUAGGUGUUUCCAAAAUAUUAAUUGAUAUUAUUAGAGGAGAAUCAUUGAUCAACUCUUGUAUCAGUUUUGUAUUUUUUGGGAUUUAUAGAAUUUAUGGAAGAAAGACUGCACCAUUCAAAGAAUUAUACACAUUAGCAAGUUUGUUGACAGAUAUUGUUGCAAGUGUUAUAUGGGGAGUUUGGAGUGCAAAAAUUCUCCAAUACAUGCUGGCGGACAUAUUUGGUGAUACAGUAACUAAUGUCACUCUUUGCUUCUCAAUGGCAUACUUGACUUUCUAUGUUGCUGAAUUUUUGGGACUCUCAGGAAUUAUUUCCGUAAUUUCUCUUGGGCUCCUUUUAGAUUCCUUAAGCUUUAGGCCAGGGAUUGAUAUCACAAUUACAAAGUUCUUGUUCAUCCUGACAUUUUCAUGUCAAGCUUUUAUAUUCACUUUCAUCGGCAUUGUCAUUGGAUGUGAAAAUAUUAGGGACAUUGAGGUUCACAACUUAAUGUUCAUCAUAAUCUUAUUUGUGACAGUGAAUGUUACAAGGAUGUUAACUAUUCUGCUAGUAAGCCCUGUAUUAUUACAUUCCUGUUAUGAAUUCAGUUGGAAGUGGGGAGUCAUUCUCAUCUGCACUGGCAUUAAGGGAUCUUUUAGUUUAAUCCUGGCUCCUGAUAUCUAUAACAUGAGUCAAGAGGCAGUAGCUUUACCACAAUUGUUUCUAAUCUAUGUCCUGGCUAUAUCCAUCAUGACUAUGAUAAUAAAUUCAGCCAUGGUGGCUCACUCAGCAGUGACGUUAGGUCUUUGUGCUAUUUCCCUCCCGAGACAUAUGGCAAUGCAAAAUGCCAUUCUGCACAUACAAGAAGUGAUAAGCAGUACAAUUAUAUUAUCUAAAACAGAAAACAUUUUGACAAAUAUUCUUUGGACCGCAGUAGAAGAAAAAACCAAAAUUGAAUACCCUUCCUUUUUUUUAGGAAAUGAUGAAAAAAGGAACAAACUUCCAACAGAUGAAGUUUUAAUGGAAGAGGCCAGAUUGCAUGUAGCUAUAAUACAGAUGAGUAGCUUUGAAACACAAUAUAAAGAUGGAAGCCUCCCUGAAGCAGCAGCCCGGAUAUUAAUUGGAGCAUCCAAAAACUUUGGGACUGUCCAAGGAAAAUUCAUGAGUAUUCAUGAUGUCACAGCUUAUGAAAAAACUAGAAGUUGGCUUAUAAGAGUUAAAAAUGUGCUAGUUUUUUUGUCAUCUCAAAAAGACAAGUCUCUUUUUUUGCCACCUGAGAAGCCUAAAUUUCUGGGUAUUAUAUAUAAAAUUGUAUUUUCGGAGGAGUUUCAAUAUACAGGAUACACUGUCACAUUAUUAUACUUCUUUCCCAUGAUGAUGCAUUUAUGGCCAAGUGUAAGAGAUUCCCAUGUGACAGGACUAAUUAUAGUAAACUACUAUUUUGUUUUCUUGUGCAUAAUAGAAGCAACCCUAAAGAUACUAAUUAUGAGAAACAGAUAUUUUCAUCAGAGUUGGAACCGCCUGGAAUUUUACAUCAUCAUUUUUGGACUCAUCGAUAUCAUUUGCAUACACUUAGUCAGAGAGAAGCCUCGAGAUAUCGUCCUUAUUCAAUGUUCAGUAAUAUUAGGAUUUUUCAGAGUAAUAAGAUUUUUUCGUAUUUUUAGGAUGGUACUACCAAAGCUGAUUAAUAUAAUUGAGGAAAUCAUCAAAAAGCGUCUUAGCUUGAUGUAUUCAAUUACAAAAGGCUAUAUCCAAAGUCUAGAGGAUACAAAAUUUUUAAUUAAACAGAUUUCUUCUCGAGAAUCAAUAUUUCAGAAACUUUAUGAAAUUUUGGAAGUGAACAAGCGUGAAGCUGUCAAAGAACUAGGUCUGAUAGAACACGAGUGCCGAGAAGUUGUCAUUGCCUUAAAGACCAAGCAGGCUAUCCGAAACGUGCUUGGGAAAGCCCUGAAAAAUCUGAGAUUCCUUUGGUCGAGGGGUAUAAUCGAUAAAAUCGAAGGAAUCAAUAUGAACAAGCUAUUUCUUGGCAAAAUAAAAUCGCUGAACAACUUUCCCAUGACAGUCCCUCCCCCUACGCCUGAGAAGUUUCUUCACAAUAUUGUUUGGCUGGAGGAUAAAGAUGUUCUCAUUGAAUUCUUUAAGGAAAAAGCCAAACUUGCAUGUUUUGACUAUGGAGAUAUCAUAUGUAAAGAGGGUGAUAUGCCUCAAGGACUUUACUUGAUCAUUUCAGGAAUGUCAAGUCUCUAUGGCUCACUUCUUCAUUUUGGAAUUGAUCCUAAACUGAGAGCCUUGGCCCGUUUACCCCAAACAGCAUAUACGGAAUACCUUACCAGCGGGGACAUCAUAGGAGAGUUGAGCUGUCUGCUUAAAAGAGAAAUGGGUUAUACAGCUACCUGUGAAACCAUUUUGCAGGCCUGUUUUAUCUCUCUAGAAGACUUAUAUGAAGGUUUUGAUAUCUUUUGGUCAUUCCUAGAAUAUAAAAUAUGGUUGAAAGUUGCAAUCAGCAUAGCAAAUCACUAUAUAAAGGAGGGCAUAACGGGUGAGGAAUUAACGUAUCAGAGUUGUUUGGAAAAGAAUAAUGUCUAUUUGGAAAAUUUAUCAAGAUACAGUGAGCUGUCUAUUUACACCGAAGCUAUGCUACACGUUCUCAUUGUAUAUGGAAGCGUGUUGAAUGUUGUGAAUGAUGAGCAACAUUUUGCUCCCAGCCGAAUACCUUCAACGUGUUUUCAGAUUCAAGGUACCUCUAAUAUAAACAAAUUGCUGAUCAUACAAAAAGAAAGUGCUGGUAGGAAGGGGAGAAGUUCAGAGAAGGAGGAGUACUAUGAUUCUGGGAAAUUUGAUGGAUCCAGACACUCGUUUAAGGAAAUAAAUCUGCCGCUUGGAAGCUUCUGCCUCUGGUUAAAGACCUCGGACUAA